GAAUCCAUCAUAGUCUUCCCUCCACAUGGCCUGCAGUUAGAAACGCACAGAGGACAUCCUCUAUUUAGGCUAUCGGUCUCCCGGCGCUUUAUCUCAAUGACUGUGCUGCAGGACGUCGUAAUCAACGAAGCUUUACACGGCUGGAACGUUCGAUAUUAUCUCGCGGUCUUGUGCCGUUAUACGGACGAUCAAGUGGAGAUUGACGUGGCGUUUGAGGUACGUUCGCUGUCUCGCCUUAUGGGCUAA